AUGUUCUCAGAUAAUGCACAUUGUCCUGACUGUGGACAACAGUGGUUCCCUAGUUUAGAACUAGGCCAUUGGUUGUACCAUACCAAACUUAUUGAAAAUGAAUAUUACCAUAUCUUCUUAGAUCGUAUUAACAGAGCUAAUUACUGCCCUGAGUGUUAUCCCAAUAAUUCUUCUAAUAGAAACAUUGUUCUUACUUGGUCUUUCCUACUUGAGUGGGCUCCCCAGAAUCUUACCACAUGGACCUUUGAAAAAGCUUGCCACCCAUUUCCUGUGGGUCCACCCCUCAUUAGAAAAAGGAUCCAUGACUCCAGACUAGCUGGUUUUAACCCUGCACUGCAGCUAAUCUUGACCAGAACAGAUAAAACUUUAAACAAAAAAACUUGGUCAAAGCAAAUAACUUUUUAA